GUUCUCUCACGAUGUCACUCCAGUGAUCCUUGCAGCGCACUGCCAGGAAUAUGAAAUAGUUCACACCCUGCUGAGUAAAGGGGCUCGCAUUGAUCCUCCUCAUGAUUAUUUCUGCGGCUGCGACUCCUGUAACUACCAGCAGCAGUUUGACUCCUUCAGCCACUCGCGAUCAAGGAUCAACGCCUACAGAGGACUCGCCAGUCCUGCUUACCUCUCCCUGUCCAAUGAGGACCCGGUGCUGGCAGCCCUGGAGCUCAGCAACGAACUGGCCAUGCUGGCUAAUAUUGAGAAAGAAUUUAAGAACGACUACUGCUGUCUGUCGAGCCAGUGUAAGGACUACGUGGUGGGCCUUCUGGAUCUUUGUCGCAGCACCGAGGAGGUGGAGGCCAUACUGAGCGGAGAAACCGACUCUGAAGACAGCUAUGAUUUACCAGGUCGCCCCUCCCUCACACGUCUGAAAUUAGCCAUCAAGUACGAGCUCAAAAAGUUUGUGGCUCAUCCUAACUGCCAGCAGCAGCUGCUGAGUAUCUGGUAUGAGAAUCUGCCUGGCCUGAGACAACAAACCACUGCUAUCAAGCUGCUGGUGGUGCUGGCGGUGGCCAUAGGACUGCCUGGACUGGCUCUUGCCUACUGGAUUGCCCCGUGCAGCAGAGUGGGGAAAGUGAUGCGUAGCCCCUUCAUGAAGUUUGUGGCCCACGCCUCAUCCUUUACAAUUUUUCUGGGUCUUCUGAUUCUAAAUGCUGCCGACCGUUUCGCAGGCACCACCUUGUUGCCUAACAUGACUCAAUAUCAGCACCCAGGAGGACCCCCACUCGACCCACUGCUGCUCUUCCGCAUGACUACAACGCCCUUCACAUGGAUGGAGGUCCUCAUCAUUUCAUGGGUCAUGGGUAUGAUCUGGGCCGAGGUGAAGGAGAUCUGGAGUCAAGGGCCGGGGGAGUACCUGCUCGAACCGUGGAACUUCCUGGACUUUGGAAUGCUGGCGAUCUUCCUCGCCUCUUUCAGCUGCCGCUUCUCCACUCUGAGACACGCUGACUUAGCACAGACCUAUGUACACACACACUACACAACACUGAUUAAUGUCACACUGCCUCCUGAGAUACACUACUUUACACAGGCGCGUAACGACUGGUUGCCGUCAGAUCCCCAGCUGGUGUCAGAGGGCCUGUACGCGGUCGCAGUGGUACUGAGCUUCUCCAGGAUAGCUUACAUCCUCCCAGCCAACGAGAGCUUCGGUCCACUGCAGAUCUCUUUAGGGAGGACCGUCAAGGACAUCUUCAAGUUCAUGGUCAUCUUCCUCUUGGUCUUUCUGGCGUUCAUGAUCGGCAUGUUCAACCUGUACUCUUAUUACCUGGGGGCGAAGCAGAAUGAUGCCUUCACCACCCUGGAGGAGAGCUUCAAGACCUUGUUCUGGGCUAUAUUCGGGCUGUCCGAGGUCAGGUCUGUCGUGAUUAAUAACGGACACAAAUUCAUCGAAAACAUUGGUUACGUGCUGUACGGGGUUUACAACGUUACCAUGGUGAUAGUGCUGCUCAACAUGCUCAUCGCCAUGAUUAACAGUUCCUUCCAGGAGAUUGAGGAUGAUGCUGAUGUUGAGUGGAAGUUUGCUCGGGCCAAACUCUGGUUCUCCUACUUUGAGGAGGGAAGGACGCUCCCUGUGCCCUUUAACCUGGUCCCCAGUCCAAAGUCUAUGCUGGGACUGGCUACGGCCAUCAAGUCCCUGCUCCUGCGGCAUGUGGCAGGACACAGGGAGGAGAAAACUGAGACACAACUCAACCAGCUCGGAGCAGGCAAAAAUUCUGGUUCAUUUGGUACUUCUACUAGGCCAACCAGAUAUCAGAAGAUCAUGAAGCGACUGAUAAAGCGUUACAUUAUCAAAGCCCAGGCAGACAGAGACAGCGACAAGAUCACUGAAGGUGAGCUGAAAGAGAUCAAACAGGACAUCUCCAGUCUGCGAUACGAGCUGCUGGAGGAGAAAUCACAGAACACGGAGACACUGGACGGACUGCUGAGGAGGCUGGGAGAGAUCAAUACACCUAUGCAGUAGCACUGCCAGUCGCUCCGACUUGUUCAUAACACUGUGAAGAGUUUUAAGUGCCUGGUCUUCAUCACUGAAUGUCGAUACAGUACGAUAGUGACAAAACAUCAAUACAAUGAAAUGAGAAUGUAUUAUGUGAAUAUAAAAUUAAAAUAUAGCUUAUUGAUUGCA